AGCGGGAUCGGGAGCGGGAUGGGAACCGGGAGCGGGAUGGGAACCGGGACUGGGAUGGGAACCUGGACCUGGAUCGGAUCGGGAUGGGAACCGGGACCGGGAUGGGAACCUGGACCUGGAUCUGGGCCGGGAUCGGAUCGGGAUCGGGAUGGGAACCUGGACCUGGAUCGGAUCGGGAUGGGAACCUGGACCGGAACCGGAUCGGGAUCGGGAUGGGAACCUGGACCUGGAUCGAAUCGGGAGCGGGAUGGGAACCUCGACCUGGACUAGGAACGGGGUUGGGACCGGGACCGGGACCGGGACCUGUACCCGGAGGUCUCGGUGGAGCCCCAAACCCAGGAGUUGCACACUGGGGUGCUCCGCGUGUCCCACCAUGCCGCGGGGUCUUUAAGGAUUCCUUAAGGAUCCUGUGUGGGAUGAAGACUGUGGUUAUAGUGAGGUUUAUUCUUAUUAUUAUAUAAAGCUUUUGCAAUCAAACGAACUUAUUCUUGCACAGGAUUUCUGGAAUUCACAGUGUUUCUGUUACUCCCAUUUCCCUGCUCCGUGGGAGCUGGUUAUCCUCUUCUUUGGGGACACGCCAAGCCAGGCUUGGGUAAGACCUGGAUCCAUGGGGACAUUCGGCCACACUGUCCCUCCAUCCGGGCUGCAGCCGGAUUCCCUCCCCACACGCCAGCGAGCUAAUUGAUCCACCCAGCCAGCAAAUUGAUUUAUGGCAAUUAGGGACUCUCAUUAAGGGACCAGCUGGAGAGCCGGGCGUUACCUGCCCGGCGGGAGCAGCCGUGGGAAGCCGCCAGCGCACCACAUGGUGUUAGGGUUUUGGGAGGGUUUUACUUCACUUCGGGCUUGGGGUUUUCCCGUUCACCCCCUUCCGUUGUUGACAUUUGGGAUCAGCGAGUUCACCCCGAGGCUCCCUUUUCUCCCGCCUCCUUCGCUGACAUUUGGGAUCUGAGCUCAACCGGAACCUCCCUUUUUCUCCCUUAUCUCCUCCUCCCACGUUCCUGCAAGGUCACGCACUGUCCUCACCUCCAUGUGGAUGCAGGAAUUCGCAUGGCCGGGCGGACCAGUUCAGACCAGUUCGUUAUCAGAGCGUCCCAGCCAAACCCCCAACUGCUGCCGCGGAUGUUCCCGGGCCAGGGGAAGGAUUGGGAUGCAGAGGUGCAGGAUUGGGAUUCAGGGGUGCAGGGCUCUCCGUCGCACCCCCCUCCGUGCUCCAGCGCUGCUUUCCAGGACCUGAGGCUGACACCCCAGCGGAUCCCGGGCCGGCAGCCAGGACGGCCCUCGGGCAGGAUGUUCCCCCCGCCGGGCUGCAGGAGGGGCUUCCCCAGGGAGCCCGGCCCGUGGUGGGAUGGGCCAGGGCUGUGCUCCCCUCCUGGCCCUGAGGACGCCUGGGAUGAGCCACCCUGGGAGCACCGGCGCUGGCGGUGCCCGCCCCGUCGCAGGGCCCCUGGACCCAUCCCUGGCCCUGGUGACGGCCCUUGGAACGAGGAGGAGGAGGAGGACACGGGGUGGGCACCCCACGACUGUCCCCCGCCACCCCCUUGGGAUGACAGAGACUUCCAAGGACCUGAGGACGGCUUUGGAGAGGGCUGGCACCCGGAGCUGCCCCCAGAGCCCUGGCCUGAAUUCCCCGAGGAGGAGCAGCCCCCACCCUGGCCCCCCGCCGGCCCUCCACGGAUCCGAGGAGCUUUCCGGGGACACCGCCCGCCCUGGAGCUGCCCCCGCCGGGGUGGGAGACGCGGCCGCCGCCCCCGCAGGAGCCACCACCGGCAGCUGACCCUGGUUCCCCGGGUGUGGUGUCCCCGGCCCCCCCGAGAGUACAAGCCGCACUCCAAGGCCUCUCCUGCCCUCUCCAAGAGGAGCAAGCCGGCGGCCGGGAAGGAGCUGCAGCCCCCAGAUCCUCCCCAGCCCCUUUUACCCCUCCGAGGUGCUGCAGAGAGGCCGGAACAGACACAGGAUGUGCCAGUGGAAGGUCUGCCUCCUGGGAAUGUCCUGGAGCCCCCCAGUCCGGCUGGGAGCCCUCCAGAGAGCCCAGCUGCCGAUGCCCGUGCUGUGACCCCGGUAGGAGAUCCUCCUGCUGCCAGGGAUGCUCCCACGCCUGGAGCUGCCCGGCUCAGGGGUCUCUUUGGCCGCUGUAACAUCUCCCUGCUCUCUCCUCCAGCCCUCUCCCUCUCCACCUCGCUGUCUCUUUGCCAGGCAUGGGAUUUUUCCAGGUUCUUCUCCGAUUUCCUUUGGGUUUUAGCGCCCUGUCCGUCCCAUGCCCAUCUCUUCCCGGGACAGAUGUGUCCUCAUGCCAUUGCCUGUCCCCAGGUUGAGCUGGAAGCCGGGCAGACCCCUGUGGGCAGCCAGCAUCAGGAUCCCUGUGCUUUGGGAACAGAUCCAGCCCCUCCGGGGGAGAGCUCUGCCGGGAUCCAGGAGCACCUUGAGGUAGAGCCGUGCACUCCAGCUGUCCCCAAGGCUGGCGCUGGGGAUGGGUCACAUCCCCAGAGCCCAGCAGCCCCUCCGGACCCUGCCAAGAGGGAACUCCUGGAAUCCAGCUCCUCUGGAGAGGCAGAGGCUGAGCUCAGCCCACAUUGCUGGGAACAGCAGCCGGCCGGAGCUGGGGAAGCCGAGGCAGCAGCUGCCGAGGGUGGGCCUCUGCAGAGCCUUCAGCCACCUGAAAACCCUCAGGUCCCUCCAGGAGCUGCAGCAGAACCCGAGGCACAGCCCAGCCGGGCUUCUCCUGCUGCCUGCACCACACCAGAGACCUCCCCAGGGCCCCAGGACCCGCCCGGGUGCGGCGAGGCAAAGCCGGCUGUGUCUGGCCGGCACCAGCUGUGCUCCACGCUCCCCACACCAUUCCCAGCCGGCAUCGAUUUCCGCUCCGCCGCCGUCCUCGCCAGGAAGGCAGAGAUCGAGCUGUCGUACCAGCAGUUCAGCCUGACCAUCGCCGUGGUGGCCACGAUGCUGCUGCAGAAGGAGCCCUCGAUGGAGGCGGCGCUGGGGCUGGCGCUCAGGGCCAACCUCCGCCAGCGCCGCAUCCACCACCUGCAGGAGCUGGAGGAUUUCAUCGACAGCUACGACUCGGCCACCGCCAGCCUCUGAUGGCAGCCACCCCCUCCUGCCAGCUGGGUGGGGGGCGAUGGGGGCUGUGACAGCGCUUUGGGGUGCUCGGGAGGGUGCUGAGCCUGCGGGACAAGGUGGGAUGGACACAUUGGCAGCCCCACCCUCCUGGAGAAGGAGGGCGAGCAGGAUGUGUUUGGUUUUAGCCCUGCCCAAACCCCUGUAGGCAGCCAAAGUUUUACUGGUUUUACUGGAGGGUGAUGGCAGGGAGGGCAACAGUCCCUCUCCUCCAUUCCUGAUUCUUGGGGAUGUGUCCCCAAACCCCAGCGAGUGUUUUUGGGUUUAAAUCUAGAAAUAAAUCGUGUUCUUUUUGCA